CAAUCACAAGCGAUGUUUAAUAUUUCAAACGAACGCUAUUCAAGCUGUGCGUGUCGUGUGUCGAUUUUGUACCAGAAAGCAAUUUUUUUUUUAUAUAUUUUCGUGAACAUCAAAAACAUCAAGCAAAUAUUCAUUUCAUUGUUUGGUUUGGAUGAAAUUGUUUAAAAUAAUAAAUCACACAAUUAACGAUACAAAAAAAUACCAAAUUGAAGUAACCAAACAUAGCACAGUUAAAUUCAAUUCACAGUGAGAGCACAAAGCGAAUUGAAGAAAGAAAACGCGCUGAGUCAUCGCCAAAAUAAGAGCAUUUGAUGUUGUGCUCAAGUUAAUUAACGACAAAGUUUAUUUAAAGAAAAAAGAUUAUUUUUUAGUUAAUUUAUCGUUAAUAAUCGAAUAAAAAGUCUAAGAUUAGAAAAAAUGUCGUCCCCAAAUGCACAUCGUAUUGAAAGUGAUAUCAUAAAAUUGAUAGAACAAAAAUACGAAGUUAACGGUGGUUUGAAUGAGAUUUUUGUUAAAUUCUUCGGUCCGAAAGACACUGCGUACGAAGGCGGUGUGUGGAAAGUUAGGGUUCGCCUACCAGAAAAUUACCCCUUCGAAUCUCCUUGUAUAGUAUUCAUGAACAAAAUCUUUCACCCGAAUAUCGAUGAACGAUUUGGCACUGUUUGUUUGGAUGUUAUCGAUAAAAAAUGGAGUCCAAUCUACGAUCUAUUGAAUUUGUUCGAAGAAAUUUUGCCGAACCUGUUAACAUAUCCAAAUGUAGAAUGUCCCUUAAAUAGAAAAGCGGCCACAAUUUUUAUUUACUCACCAAGUCAAUACAGUAAAUGGGUAUCGGAUCAUACUGAAUGUUUUGCUAACGAAGAAGUUGAACAAUCAGAAGACAGCUCACGCUCAGAAGACAGCUCACACUCAGAAGAUCACAGUCCAGUCAGCGAUCCGUAUGAGAGAAUACGCCAAUUGUCAUUGGACCUCAGUGAAUUACCGGGCAAUAAACUUGGUCAAGUUGUUAAAAUCAUAAUAGAAAAUGAGCCGUCACUUCGUGGUGCCAAUCCGGAUGAACUCGAAAUCGAUUUCCAAACCCUUCAACUGUGUACAAUUCGUGAACUGGAGAACUAUGCGGCAACACAAUUAGGCAGGGACCCGUUUAAAGAUAGACUUGAGAAAUAUUUGACUGCCUUGCGGGAAUAUACAGAAUUUGUUGAGAAAAAAAUAGCUUUAUUAGAAAAACGAAAGGCCCAUUAUAUGGAUGAGGAAAAUACAUCAGAAAUACAAUAGUCUUGUAAAAUAAUUUUAGCCACAUGAACUUUAUUUGUUAAUAUGAAGGAAAAAAAAACAGACAACCACAUCAAUUGAAUAAUUGAGAAAAUAUGCAUAAGAUUUUUGACAACUGAAUUUUAGAUACUUUGUAAUAUGUUCCAGGUUAAAAGAAAAUUCAAUAAAACCAAUCAAACUAA